AUGACCUCACUGGUAGGGACCCAGCGUGCGGUUCGCUGGUACCCGCCAGCUUAUGAUAUCCGGGUCGAAGACGUGCCCAUUCCGCAAAUCCUCGAACCGGACGACGCGAUCGUAAAGAUCAAGCUGGGCGGCUUGUGUGGGAGUGAUCUCCACAUCUAUAGAGGCCAUGAGGACGUUGACGCUGUUCUCACUUGCGGACACGAGUUGAUCGGGGAAGUCGUCGCCCUAGGCUCGAACUUUCACCCUGAUGCGGCGGGCAGACCCGAGUUGUAUUCAACUCUGCGGGUGGGUGACAAAGUAGUGUCGCCCUUUACCGUCUCUUGCGGAGAAUGCCACUUCUGUCGGGUCGGCUUUACCUGUCGAUGCGUGCACUCCUGUCUGUUCGGUAUCCCGACGCUCCCAGGAGGCCAGGCACAAUAUGCCCGCAUUCCCAAGGCAGGCGGAACACUGUUCAGUCUCCGCCAUCUGUCUGAGACACACAACGUGGAUGUCUCCCGACUUUCCGACAGCUCCCUGAUCCUGCUCGCGGACAUCCUUCCCACCGGAGUGUUCGCGGCGUUGCAGGCGCUGCAGCAUCCAAAGCUGUCGCCCAUGCUGAUCGGGUGUUCGUACCCCAAUAGCACGCUCAUUCCUAAGGGACAUGCCACGGAAGAGACGAACUCGAUCGCCUUGCUGGCUCAGGAUCGCGUCCUAACGAUCGCUGUCAUCGGACUCGGACCCGUUGGUGUCUGUGCCGCCGUGAGCUUGCUCGAUAUGCUGAGCCGCCUGGAAGCAGAAAACGGGAUCCACUUCCACAUAAUCGGUGUUGACCCCGUCGAAUCGAGAAGAGUCAAGAUGGAGGCCGUGUACUCCACCAUUACAAGGGGACAAGGCCCGCAACAGCUCACUGUCACAUCCAUUGACGGAGCCAAGUCCCUUACAAACAAACUGACGAACGGUGCCGGCUGCAACGCAGUGCUGGAGGUUGUGGGUCAAAGCAAUGCUCUCACACUAUCUUAUGAGCUCGUACGGCCCUUUGGGCUGAUCAGCUCUGUCGGUGUGCACCAGGAGCCUCCUAUGCCGUUCACUGGGCGAGAUCUGUACGACAAGAACGUGUCGUUUGACUUCGGGCGCUGCCCAGUCCGUGCGAUGUUUCCUAUCGCCCUGGAUAUCUUGUUGAAGCGGCAGGACGUUUUCGGAGGGGUAGGUGAACCCGCGAGUUUGAUCGACAGGAUUGUCGGGUUUGAUCGCGCAGUGGAGAGCUAUGAGCUCUUCGACAAGAGCAGAUGCGGGAAGAUAUUGUUUGACCCUUGGAUUUAG